AAAAAAAAAAAAAAAGUGAGUCUGGUUUAGGAGUGGAGUGUGUCUAUAAAAGAUAGAUGCGAGAGACGAAGCUUGCUCCACUUUUUCUUCUUCUUCUUUUCUCAAUCUUUCUCUUUCUCUCUGUUCUUGCACUCGCAAAUCGCAAUGGAUUCGUUUGAUUUCGAUAACGUGAAAGCAGAGAAAGCCAAGGCGUUGCGGCGUUUCAACCGCUUCUGUAGAAUUGGCCGUUUCUUCCGUGCGGCGGAGGUUUGCGUCGCUCUACUCUUCAUCUUUUGGACAUUUUCGCAACUUCCUUUCGUCGUUCAAAUCUCCGGAGCGUUUCUCCGCCGUAUCGCCGCCGUCAUAUCUACUCCUCUGUUCGUUUUCCUCCUCGGGAACUCCAUCGUCGUUGUUCUUCUCACCAAGUCUUCCGAUCAGACAACCACCGCCGUCGCAAGCGCAGAAACCGAAAUCUACCAGGCGUUCGUCAGAUCUGUAGAGAAUCGUUCCAAACCGUCCGAUGAAGAUUUGACGGAGGGGAUUGUCUACGACGACAAACAGGUGAUCGUUACUGAUUUGGAUUCAAAUCCGAAUCUAACGGUGGAUGAGAAUAUGCCUCACGUCGAGAUUGACUCAGAUUCGAGUCCCCAUAGUAAGGUCUAUGGAAGAAGCAAAUCAGACGUGUCUGGAAAACAGAGUUCAAACAUGGUGAUGAUGAUGAUGAAACGUUCUCUUCAGAGAUCGGAGACAGAGAAGUUCUGCAAAGAAACUGAGAACGAUGAUGACUCUGAGGAGGAGAAGAACUAUCCAGAGGAUGAUCUGAGCAACGAAGAGUUUCAGAAAACGAUAGAAGCUUUCAUAGCAAAACAGAGGAUGUUUCGUCGUCAAGAAUCUUUAGCCGUCGUUGUCCAUAACAUAGCCUAAAUAUCUUUUUAUAUCUAUAUCAAAAAAGCAUCAAAUUCUAAUAUAAAUCGAAUCAAACAACAAACAAACAAAGUUUUGUGAAAGUUAACCAUUAUGGAAUCUUGUUUUUUUAUAAAAAUAUUCCAUGUAUGUAGUAUAAAUAUCAUCUCUAUGUACAGUAAUUUUAGUUGCUUAUGUAUUAAGAAAGAUAUGUAAUCUACUUGUCUCAAGUGAGUGUCACUUCCUCAGUUUUAAUGAUACAGACUUAGAGUAGAAAUGUUGUCUCGCCACACUCAAAAUUAUGACAUUACCAAAAAAACCUUUUUAAUAAGCUUUAGUGAUAUCCAAGAAACAAUCGAUUUGGGUCUGUCUUUUU